AAAAAUGUGAAUUUUCGAUAGAAAUGGAGGUUGAAGGUAGCAGUCAUGAUAUCCGAGGGGUCGAAUCUAGAUGAAUAUGGAGUAAAAGGGAGGAAGAUGCUUUGCUGCUUAUUUUAGAUGGGGUUGUAGCUAGUGGGCAGCGGUGUGAUACAGGAUCAUUCAAGCCUGGCACAAGUGCUAUGAUUGAGAGGCGAUUAGCUGAGAUAUGUCUUAAUUCGGGGUUGCGAGCAAAUCCACACAUUGAGUCAAAAUUGAAAAAGUGGAAGAAGCAAUACGGUAUAAUAUAUGAUAUGCUAAACAAAAGUGGGUUUGGAUGGAAUGACUCUCUUAAAUGUGUGGAAGUUGAUAGUGACGAAGUUUGGAAAGCAUAUGUGCAGAGUAAUCCAAGUGCAAAGGGGUGGAGAGGUAAAUCGUUUCCGAUGUAUGAGAGGCUUGCUACAGUUUUUGGAAAGGAUCGGGUAACAGGACAUGGAGCACAAACUCCGAUUGAUAUGGUCAAUGAUUUGAAUUUGGAUAGUGGGAAUGAACAAUUUAAUGAUGCGUGUUCUCCUAUGUCUAUGAAUGAAAUACAUAGUGAACCGUCCACCCGACCUAAAUCAAAAGAGAAAAUCUGGAUUGAAGGAUGA